UUUACUGCAGUUGUCAUCAUCAGCACCAGAGCAACCACUGCUGGCACUCUCAUAAAAGAAACUCCACUGGACGACUGACUGUGUUUGAUUACACCAGAUUGUUACUUAGCAGUCAACGCCUUCACGCGGCAGAGAAACACAAGGGCUUCCUGCGAGGGUUUCUCCGCUUUUCCUCAUGCUGUUGCUGCCCUGAUAAUGGAGCUGUCUUGUGAGUCCGUGAGAUAUCCAGACGACAGAAGACCGACCAGUUGCAAGUUUGUGGAGCUCCAUGUGCUUUAUGUACCAGAUGACCAGUGGGAUGUGAAGCUCAACAAGGUCCCUGCUGAAGCCAUAGAGAGCUUCAUAUCUGCAGGCUUCAUCAGGGUAUAUCCUGAUAUCACCUUGAAAACUCUGAGGAGCGAGCUGGGUGCUCUUCUUGGCACAGAGAGAAGUGUCGACAAAUUCUCCUUCCUGAAGUGUGUGGGCCGCAGUCUGGCACUGGUUAAAAGCAAACAGGAGAGAGAUCUGAAAGUGAAAACAUUCGCUCCACCGUAUGCCCCACAGCCAGAGCUUUACCUGCUGCCCACCGUGGAGAAUGGCAGCAGCGUUCGCUCCCAUUCCCUCUCGCCAGACACCAGCAGCAGCUCCCCAGACCACCCGACCUAUUACCACCCUCCCAAGACAUGCACCCUGCCAACUGGGACAAAGGAGCGUAUUAAAUUCCCCCUCAUCCCCCAGCGUUCCCAUCAGCCACCUCCCACUCCCAGCCUAGAAGAGGAGGAGGAGGAGGAGGAGGAGGAGGAUGAGGAAGACGAGGAGGAGAGCUACAGUUCUUCAGAGGGAGAUGGAGAGAAGGAAGAGGAAGCUCUCUCCUCCAACAAGCCUGAGUGGACACAGUGUUGUCCAAGGAAGACUCAGAAUCAAAAGGGAGGCCCUGUGUCACUGAAUAAAGUUUUACAACAACCUGAAGCUGAUUCAGCUCAGGUGAAGAAGUUGCCAGAAAAAGAAGACGCCUGCAGAAAGAAGAAACAAUACCACAGAGAAAACAGAGCGGCCAGAGAUUCAGGAGUAGCAGAAUCAUUGGAAGACCGAGAUUCAGGCUUCUCCCUCACAGACGGGCUUGGGAAAUCAAAAGAUGCACAUGCGCUGAAGUCCAUCAGGAAUAAACCAGCGAGUGGGGUAAUCUGUCAUUGGACUAAAACUAAUAUAGCAUGUUUUCUUUCUUCUUUCCUCUAUGUGGAAAAGGUUGUUUUGGAAUUAUUUUUUACAGGCCUUUUAAGACAGUGCACAAACCCACGGAAAACUAUCCAAAUAAAGACUCAUGUUGUGUUUACUGUCUGCUUUAAGGUGACAGAAAGUCCAGCUGUGUUGUCUCGGCCUGUUCGGUGCACCUCUCCACCUCCAGGUCUAGGCUUGGCCUCGGUCACCCACAAGACCGUUGAUUCUCCUGUCUUUCAGGCAAACAGAGAAGAACUGAUCGAGGAAAUCAAGCAGGUGAGGGAGGAGAGAAAACAGCUGGAGUGGACAAGACAAGAGCUGCUAAGAAAGGGGAAAGAUUUAUUGGCCCAAAACAGACACCGGAGGAACCAAGCACGUGACAGCUGGAAAAAGAAAUACUUUGAAACGAAAAAGGCCACAGCACCGCUGGAGGACAACCUGAGAAACUUGAGACAAGAGUUGGAGACAUUUUACAACAAACUCUUGCACCAGCUCCAGGCCAGAGAUAACAGAGGGAAGCCGAGACGACAAGGCAGAUCCUCCAUCAAGAAUGAACUCAUCAUUCAGAUCAUGACAGAGAGCCAUGAGAUUGACAACCUGAAGAGGAAGGUUGAAGAUGCCAAGAUGAAGCUGGUAACAGAGAUAAAGUUGAGGAAACAGGCUGCCACAGAGCUGAGGGCCCUGAGGGCUGAACUGGCCCAGAAGAAAAACCAGUCAUCUCAUACUGGGCACAUAGCCUCUCUAGGCUUUGGAAAUACCACCCGGGACAGACCACAAGUUCAGAACACCUCCAUCUAAUUCAGCAUUUGCAGGACUGUACUCAAGACUGUUGUACGGCCUUAACUCUGCUGGCACAGAUAAAUUUUGUUAUGAAUCCAAAGUUUCAGGAGAGGGAUUGAAAAAUAUUGCUUUUAUGCAUUUGUGCUCACUAUUUCAUAACUGAGUUUUGUACUUGUUGUUUUUCUACAUUUUAUUAUUAUGACAUGCCACUU